UGUUAAACCAGGCGAACAGCAGCAGGGGAGGUGAGCUGAGCUGACCGGGUUCAAGUCGCUAAUCUCUGCCAGAAGUACUGCAGUAUUUGGAGAUUUUUACUCCAGUGCCAACAGUGGGGAUUGGUUCUAAGGCAUUUGAAGGAACCUGAAGUCCACCACCUUGGCAGGGUGUACACAGGUGUGUUUUCCCCUAAAGGCACGGCGAUUGGAUGUCAGGCAAAACAAUACUGAGAAGUAAAUCUACACUGGACACAUUGAACAGUCGGAUCAAAUCUCCUUUCUGAAAACAGACGCAUGGAUGCUUUUGAAGGACUCCACAGUGUCCAGAUCUCCUCCUCUCCACCUUCAUCAGGUCCAUCCAGCCGGGGAUAUGAAGUCCUUAAGUCAGGAAGAUCUGGAAUCUCAGUAUAUUCCUCGUCGGUUUUCUUUGGGACACCUGAUGUUCGGCGAGAGCCGAGGCAAAAGUCCGGCAGAAAAACGCAGGAUGGCGGCUGUGUUGUAGGACAGUUGAUAGACCUGGAUCCACAGCCAGAGACCAGACUGGAGGGAGGAGGCAAGGCCACCUCAGCGAGAGAGCAUGGCAACCUCAGCCGACUCCGCAGCUCCUCGCUGGAAAUCCGAGAAAAGGGCUCGGAGAUCCUCAGGGAACAACUGGACGCUGCAAAGAAGGAACUGAAACUGAAGGACAAGGAGUGUGAGCGUCUCUCACAGGUCCGGAAUCAGCUGGAGCAGGAGCUGGAGGAGCUGACGGCCAGUUUGUUCGAGGAAGCUCACAAGAUGGUGAACGAAGCAAACGUUAAACAAGCAACUGCAGAGAAGCAAGUGAAGGAGGCUCAGGGAAAGAUCGAUGUUCUGCAAGCAGAGGUGACGGCCCUCAAAACCCUUGUGUUGACCUCCACGCCAUCUUCACCCAACCGCCAGCUGCAUCCACAGCUGCAGCCUUCAGGAACCAGGGGAGCGCACAAAUAUGUUGGAGGACACGUCCGCAACCACACAUGGGGGGUCUCCUCAUCCUCACCUGGGAAACCAGAGCCGUCUCCAGUCUCUAUUCAUCCUGUGGUCAAGGAGGACAGAGAGAUAGACUCAGUCCUGUACGCGGAGUUCCUCAUGUGGAAGGAGCGUCCAAGUUUAGACAAGUCGUCCGCCUUCCUGAGUCGUAUCUACAGAGAAGACAUUGGACCCUGUCUGUCCUUCACAAGAUUGGAGCUCUCCCAGCUGGUGCAGAGUGCUGUGGAAAACAACUCUCUGACUAUCGAGCCCGUGGCCAUGACAGCUAUUCCAAUGGUUAAAGCCUCUGCUGUGGAGUGUGGAGGCCCGAAUGGCUUUAGGGCAGCGAUAGAAACGAAGUGCGCAUUAAGUGGCAUGUCGCGUCUCUGUAGACACCGCAUCAAACUCGGAGACAAGGAGAACUAUUAUUACAUCUCUCCCUCCAGCAGAGCUCGGAUCACAGCAGUUUGCAACUUUUUCACGUACAUACGUUACAUCCAGCAGGGCCUGGUGAGAAAUGAUGUGGAGCAGAUGUUCUGGGAGGUGAUGAGAUUCCGCAGGGAAAUGAACGUGGCCAAGUUAGGGUUCUACCUCACUGACCAGGGCUAGAGACGGUGACGGAGCAGUGAAACUGCAAACGGACCAACCAGAGUCCGACUUGAACUGUGGUAACACAAGUAUUGUAGUUGAGGUUCUGCGACCGACCGGGGAUGAACCAAAUGUUCCUUUCCAUGCAAUCAGACAAUUACGAUUUAAUCCAUCCAGAUAAGUUUUACCUCAGUAUAUGCAAAAUAUCUUCUACCGUUCGUCAUCAUUUCUCAGAGGUUUUUCUUAUUUAAUCUGGUGAACUCUUGACCUUAGUGAACAACAAAAAAUUUUUAAAGACGGGCAGACGAUCAAAGAGUUGAGUUCAUUUAUUACCUCAGGUAUCCCCUUGUGGACAGCAGGAGUGUUUGACAUGCACGAGACUGUGUUUGAGGGUACGUCAAAAAGUUCUAAGACCAAUUGAAAAAAAUAUUUAUGAAAAUAACAGAACUCUCUCUCUCUACGUUUUUUUUUUUUACAUCUUAACACAUCUGCAGGCAGUGUUGCUAUCUGGGAAUUUAUAGAAUUAUGUGGGAUUUCGUUUGCACCAGGUCAUAACCUGCUUAUUUGCCUUUCAGUUUUAGGAAAAAAAACUGAAAAAAAAAAAAUCUGAUGAGGUUAAAACCAGUUCCAAACCUCUAGUAUUUGGCCCAUAAUUAAUAAUUAAAAUGUAAUGGUUCCUCUGAUUUAGACAUUUUAAGUGUAACCUCUUCAAAACCCAAAAAGAAAUAUAAUGAUAAAACGUUUAAAGCUGUUUGAGACACCUGAGAGACAUGCCUUAACAUCAUUAAAAUCAAACACCAUCUUAACAUUCUUUUUAAAUUAAAUUCACAGUACUACUAACAGCUGUCUUAGAACUUCUCCUAACUUGCCGUAAUACACGUAAAAUCAAUCUGAAUGUGACUCUAACACAGAGUACACAUGAACAUCUAAAUCAGUUCUAGGCUCCAGUCGCAGGAACUGUCCUAAUACAUGUGAUCAUGGCCAUCAUUGAACUGAUUGCACACUUUGCACUACCUUUUUACACAAGCCUUUUUGAAGAUGAAGAAACAAGAGGCAGUAGAAAUGUGUACUUUUCAUAUAAUAUUACUCCUCAACAUACAAAAUAUUGACCACCGUUAAAAUGUUUAUAUAAACGAACAUGCCUCAAGACAUUGUUUAAGAAACAACAGUGGUUUUGCCUGUCUGCCAAACACACACGACAUAAGCCAUAAAUGACUUUGCCUCAGUGCGGAACACAGCAAUAAUAUGUAGUUAUUAUAGUGUAUCGGUUACAGAUUGCAGUGAAAAAUCAGGAUCGGUGAACAAUAUCAGAAUGUGCAGUACUUUCCUUGAAGCCUUGAAGCCUUGUCUCUGAUUGGUUCUUACCGGUGUUUUCAGUGGAAACAUUCCAUUUAACAUCAACCUUUGUACCAGGUCUGAGUUACCCGGCCGAGUUUGCAUAAAGUCUGGUAUCAGUUAAGUGUCUCGACUGGUGGUUUGCGAUGACUCAUGGUUGUUAGUCAUUUCAAUACAUUACACUUGAGUGAUAAUUGUUACAGUACAAUAACAUGACCUAUUUUCAGAAGGCUUUACUUUCCAGUCGGGGUCAAAUGGUUUAACGCACGCCCACUGCUGCAGAACGGAAAUGGAAAACAUCAGGGUUAGGAACUGAGCUCGGAUGAUUUACAAGAAUGUGUGUUUUUGCAGCCGACGUUCCUGUUAGUCUGUGGUUUGAUGAAGAGAGUACAUUAUUGUGUUUCUGUACAGUGGACCUCAUGCAAAACAUGAAAAAAGAAUUUUUCACAUUUUUCAGUCUUUCUAUGACGUUGUCGAAUACGUUUUUUCAGUCACGGCGCAAAUAAAAAAAAAAUGUCCAUAAAAUAAAAUGAAUUGCAGUAAAAUGAAAA